GUAGGCUCUUGCAGCCAAUGCUGGAACAGGAUUUGCUGUUGCUGAGCCUCAAAUUGCAAUGUUUUGUGGGAAGUUAAAUAUGCAUGUGAACAUUCAGACUGGGAAGUGGGAACCCGACCCAACAGGCACCAAGAGCUGCUUUGGAACAAAAGAAGAGGUUCUUCAGUACUGUCAGGAGAUGUAUCCUGAGCUGCAGAUCACCAACGUGAUGGAAGCAAAUCAGCCCGUCAGUGUCGACAACUGGUGCCGUAGGGACAAAAAACAAUGCAAAAAUCACAUUGUUAUACCUUUCAAGUGUCUUGUGGGUGAAUUUGUAAGUGAUGUUCUGCUAGUUCCAGAAAAGUGCCAGUUUUUCCACAGAGAAAGGAUGGAAGUAUGCGAGAAUCAUCAGCACUGGCACACUGAAGUCAAAGAGGCGUGUUUGACUCAGGGAAUGACCUUGUAUAGUUACGGCAUGCUGCUGCCUUGUGGGGUAGACCAGUUCCAUGGCACUGAAUAUGUAUGCUGCCCUCCAACAAAGAUUAGUGACUCUAGUGACUCUCUUGUGUCAAAAGAAGAGCAAGAAGAGGAUGAGCAUGAGGAUGAUGAUGAUGACAAUGAGGACGAAGAAGACUAUGAUAUUUAUAAAAGUGAAUUUCCUACUGAACCAGAUUUGGAAGACUUCACAGAAGCAGCUGUGGAUGAGGAUGAGGAGGAAGGGGAGGAAGUGGUGGAAGACCGUGAUUAUUACUAUGACACCUUUAAAGGAGAUGACUACAACGAGGAGAACCCCACUGAACCCAGCAGUGUUGGUGCUAUUUCAGACAAGGAAAUUGCUCAUGAUGUUAAAGCUGUCUGCUCCCAGGAGGCGAUGACGGGGCCCUGCCGGGCCGUGAUGCCUCGUUGGUACUUCGACCUCUCCAAGGGAAAGUGCGUGCGCUUUAUAUAUGGCGGCUGCGGCGGCAACAGGAACAAUUUUGAGUCUGAGGAUUAUUGUAUGGCUGUGUGUAAAGCGAUGAUUCCCCCAACUCCUCUGCCAACCAAUGAUGUUGAUGUGUAUUUUGAGACUGCUGCAGAUGACAAUGAACAUGCUAGAUUCCAGAAGGCUAAGGAACAGCUAGAAAUUCGACACCGCAACCGAAUGGACAGGGUAAAGAAGGAAUGGGAAGAGGCAGAACUUCAAGCCAAGAAUCUCCCCAAAGCAGAGCGGCAGACUCUCAUUCAGCACUUCCAAGCUAUGGUUAAAGCUUUAGAGAAGGAAGCAGCCAGUGAGAAGCAGCAGCUUGUGGAAACCCAUCUGGCUCGAGUGGAAGCCAUGCUGAAUGACCGCCGGCGGAUGGCGCUGGAGAACUACCUGGCGGCCCUGCAGUCUGACCCACCGCGACCUCAUCGCAUUCUCCAGGCCUUGCGGCGCUAUGUCCGUGCUGAGAACAAAGAUCGUCUGCAUACCAUUCGUCAUUAUCAGCACGUGUUGGCUGUUGACCCGGAAAAGGCAGCCCAAAUGAAAUCUCAGGUGAUGACACAUCUCCAUGUGAUCGAAGAAAGGAGGAACCAGAGCCUCUCUCUGCUCUACAAAGUCCCUUAUGUAGCCCAGGAAAUUCAAGCAGAAAUUGAUGAACUCCUUCAGGAACAGCGAGCAGACAUGGACCAGUUCACUGCCUCCAUCUCAGAGAGCCCCAUGGAUGUACGGGUGAGCUCUGAGGAGAGCGAAGAGUUCCCGCCGUUUCACUCUUUCCAUCCCUUCCCACCCUUGCCUGAGAAUGAAGACACUCAGCCGGAGUUGUACCACCCAAUGAAGAAAGGGUCAGGAGUAGGAGAGCAGGACCGAGGACUGAUCGGUGCAGAAGAGAAAGUGAUUAACAGUAAGAAUAAAGUGGAUGAAAACAUGGUCGUUGAUGAGACUUUGGACGUAAAGGAGAUGAUUUUCAAUGCCGAGAGAGUUGGAGGCCUGGAGGGAGAGCCGGAGUCUGUGCGACCAGUACGGGAGGACUUCAGUCUGAGCAGCAGCGCCCUGAUCGGCCUGCUGGUCAUUGCCGUGGCCAUCGCCACAGUCAUCGUCAUCAGCCUGGUGAUGCUGAGGAAGAGGCAGUACGGCACCAUCAGCCAUGGGAUUGUGGAGGUUGACCCCAUGCUCACCCCAGAAGAGCGCCACCUGAAUAAGAUGCAGAACCACGGCUAUGAAAACCCCACAUACAAGUACCUGGAGCAGAUGCAGAUCUGAGCGGCAGGAAGCAUGCGGCACCCUAGUUAGAAGCUAGGCGGGUAGAAGAAUCCAGCAUUCCGGAUUGACUACAGACCGCCAGUUACCACCAGAAGGUCUCAUCGUACAUCCUGACCUCCUCGCUCAUUAAAACUAUAAAGUACUACUGUAGAAUUACAAUUUCCAUUCUUUUAAAUGGGUGAAAAUUGUUAAUAUAACAAUAUAUGAUAUAUAAACCUUACGUGAAAAAAUGAUCUAUUGCAGAUAUCUGAAGGAUGUAGUUUUCUUUUUUAAAUUAAUCAGAAAUCCCACUUCUGUUGUAUUGUUUCACACCUGCUCUAUAUAAAUGGAAAAUGUUGAUUUUUAAAUGAUAGAUUGUAUAUGCAGGCUGUUUGUUCCAGUUACAUUGUAUAAAUCAACUCUAGGCUCAUUCACUGUCCUAGUUUUUAUUUUAAAAAAAGUGAAAAAGACACAGUAUUCCCUUUUUACACUUUGAGAGAGUCACGGAGAAAUAAGUGGAAUAGGGAACUGUGAAUGACCACUGACAGACAGCAUGUUACUCUGGCUCAGUGCUGUUACAGGAGCACGCUCGGAAGCCCACUGCUUGUACACUGGCCGUGUCUCCAAGGCGAGUCAGGGCAUUUUGUUCUCACAUCUUUUAGCGAGCCUGAUGCAUACAAAUGAGGGUGUCCACUGCUGCUUUUCCUCUAAAUCCAGUUCUUCCACAGCAGCUCGCCUGUAGUUUGUGUCUGACAUUCUUCACCAUGUGUUGUUUACUUACAAUGGCAUUUGCUUUCCACUUCCCCUUCCCACGUAUGUCCACGUGUAUAGUCUCUUCCUCUCGGGGCGCCUGCCUCCAUACCGCUCCGCCUCCCGUCGCCAGCCUCUGCUGUGUGCAGAAGACUAAGAAAGUAAGCAGCUGAGGGCUGGAGGAGCCAGGCUGUCGCUGGGAAGGAGGGUGCUGUCCGCUGUGCACGAAGCUGGAUCUAUAAACCCUGCAGAAAGCUUUGAAGAGUUUUGUUUCCUUCACACAAGUCUUUGUAAUGCUUGUAUAGUUGAUGUUGUUGCUCACAGCUUUUUGUUUUUUUAAUCCUAAAGUUCUGGUAACCAGUGGUGUUUAUUUUGGUUUGUUUUUUCUAAUUUUCUGUAGCUUUUUUUUUUCCUUCCCUUUUGACCCUAUCCAUGUCUCUUCCCACUAUGCACAGAUUAAACUUCACCUACAGACUUCUUAAUAUGAUCUGUGGAGAAUGUACAGAGUUUAAACACAUAAAUAAACACUUUAACUUCCGCCAA